UGCUUUCUUUCGUCACCCUGCCGCAGCUUCGGCGCCGCUCAGGACUUCGCCGCCACCGGCCACAUUUUCUCUCCUGUGGAGAAAAACCUCAAAACCCUCAAAAUUCAGAAUCCCAGUAACUUCAUUUUCUCACCCUUCUUCUCUUUCAUACGCAUAGAGCUGAUUCUAACAGGAAAUUCAAAGCAAUGUCUCGAAUAUGUGUGAAGAAUUUGCCGAAGUACGUUGGUGAAGAUCGUCUCAGAGAAUUCUUCUCCCAAAAGGGUGAAGUUACUGAUGCCAAGCUCAUGCGUACCAAGGAUGGGAAGAGUAGGCAGUUUGGGUUUUUAGGAUUUCGAACGGAGCAAGAAGCAGAGGAAGCUAUCAAGUUUUUCCAUAGGUCUUUCAUGGAUACUUGUAGAAUUACUUGCGAGAUUGCCAGGAAAGUUGGAGAUCCAAAUAUUCCACGUCCUUGGAGUAGGCACUCAUUGAAGAAACAAGAGAAAUCAUCAGAGGAGGGAAAGGAAGUGCCUGGUUCAAAUAGUUCAAAGAUUGCAAACUCAAAAGAGAAGAAGAAAAAGGAAAAGAAUAAGAAGGAUGAUGGCAAUGACGAUCCUCAGCUUCAGGAAUUCCUUGACGUCAUGCAGCCACGAAGUAAGUCAAAGUUGUGGGCUAAUGAUAGCCUAACUGCUACCUCAACAGAUCAAAGAAAAAUGAUUGGAGAUAAGCAAAGUGAAGUGAGAAAAGGUGACCAGAAAUCAAAGUUAAAUGAAAGUGAUGAAGAGGAAAAUAGGUCAUCUGAGACUCUAGAUGCAGAUAAACCACAAAAUCCAGUUCACGAUGAUGUUAUAUCUGAUAUGGAUUAUUUCAGAAGUCGAGUAAAGAAAGAGUGGUCAGAUUCAGAAGGUGAAGAUGGAGAAAAUGAGGAUAGUUAUGAGGAAGGAGAUAUCGAAAAUGGUAACAGUGAUUCUCAGAGGCAAACCAAAGAUGAAAUGGAUAUUGAAGAUGAAGAUGAAGAAGAUGUCCAACAAGAAAAUGACAAAGAUGGAGAUGGUGAAGAACCUGUUGAUGAACUGAUUGAGACUGAAGGACCAUCAUCAACUGUGGAAGAUCCAAAAGAAGUUCUGGAGAGUGGCCGUCUAUUUGUCCGUAAUUUGCCAUAUACUACCACAGAAGAGGAACUUGAAGAGCACUUUGGAAAAUUUGGAAUUGUCUUGCAAGUCCAUAUUGUUGUGGAUAAAGAUACGAAACGGUCCAAGGGGAUUGCUUAUGUUCUAUAUGCGCUUCCAGAAUCUGCUUCUAGGGCACUAGAAGAACUGGAUAGUUCCAUUUUCCAAGGAAGAUUACUGCAUGUUAUGGUGGCAAAACAAAACAGUUCUUCCUGGAAACAAAAGACCAAUGUGUUGACUCAACAGUCUGCAAAAACCUUUAAGCAACAGAAGGUGGAGGAGAGGAAGACAUCUGAGGCUAGUGGAAAUACACGAUCAUGGAAUAGCUUGUUCAUGCGCCCUGAUACAGUUGUGGAAAAUAUUGCUCGAAAAUUUGGCGUAAGUAAGAGCGACCUUUUAGAUAAGGAAGCUGAUGACUUGGCUGUUCGUAUUGCUCUUGGAGAAACUCAAGUGAUUGCGGAGACAAAAAAGGCUUUGGCAAAUGCUGGGGUCAAUGUUGCUUCCUUGGAGGAUUUUGCUUCUGGAAAAACUGAUGGUAUAAAAAGAAGCAACCAUGUUAUUUUAGUGAAGAACUUGCCUUAUGGAUCAUCUGAAGGUGAACUAGCUAACAUGUUUGGGAAAUAUGGGAGCCUGGACAAAAUAAUUUUACCUCCGUCAAAAACCUUGGCUUUGGUUGUCUUCCUUGAAGCGGCUGAAGCACGUGCAGCUUUCAGGGGUUUAGCUUACAAGCGUUACAAAGAUGCUCCACUGUACUUGGAAUGGGCACCUGCAAACAUCCUUAGUCAAAAUGCAUCAUCUUCAGAUGGUUCAGAUGAUAAUGUUGUUGGUGAGCAUGAUGUAAAGAAAGUUUUGUUAGAGCAACAAAGAGGAAUUACGGAUGCUGACGUUGAUCCUGACAGGGUUGAGUCGAGAUCUUUGUAUGUGAAGAACCUGAACUUCAAAACAUCUGAUGAGAGCUUGAAAACGCAUUUCAUUGGACACCUGAAGGAAGGAAGAGUACAGAGUGUCCGGGUGAAGAAACAUGUAAAGAAUGGGAAAAAUGUUUCUAUGGGUUUUGGUUUUAUAGAGUUUGAUUCCAUGGAUACAGCAAUGAAUGUUUGCAGAGAUUUACAGGGAACUGUUUUAGAUGGGCACGCACUUAUUUUGCAACUUUGUCAUGCUAAGAAGGACGAACAAGUGCCUAAAAUAGGGGAGAAUGAUAGGAGUUCGACAAAAUUAAUAGUGAGAAAUGUAGCUUUUGAGGCGACGGAGAAAGAUCUUAAACAAUUAUUCAGUCCAUUUGGCCAGAUAAAGCAUUUGAGGUUGCCAAUGAGGUUUGGGAAGCACAGAGGUUUUGCCUUUGUGGAAUAUGUGACAAAGCAAGAGACAAAGAAUGCUCUUCAAGCUCUUUCUAACACCCAUCUGUAUGGUCGCCAUCUGGUUUUGGAGAGAGCAAAAGAAGGUGAGAGCUUAGAGGAACUGCGGGCUCGUACAGCUGCUCAGUACACUGAUGGGCAAAGUUCUACUAAAUUAUCCAAGAAAAGGAAGCACAUGGCUGUCUUGGAUGAAGGCAGUCUUAGGUUUGAGAGAAUUGCAGAUUAGCUGGGUGGUUUGACAUUGUUCUUUCUUUUGUAUAUUAUAGAAAAGAAAUGAUGAAGAUUAACUUCUUAUUCCUCCA